GCCCUCGCUGCCUGCCGCACGGCCCAGAUCGUGACCCAGUACUGCGUGGGUGCCAACUACACGUGGCUGCUGGUGGAGGGCGUCUACUUGCACAGUCUCCUGGUGCUCGUGGGAGGCUCCAAGGAGGGCCACUUCCGCUACUACCUGCUCCUCGGCUGGGGGGCCCCCGCGCUUUUCGUCAUUCCCUGGGUGAUCGUCAGGUACCUGUACGAGAACACGCAGUGCUGGGAGCGCAACGAAGUCAAGGCCAUUUGGUGGAUUAUACGGACCCCCAUCCUCAUGACCAUCUUGAUUAAUUUCCUCAUUUUUAUCCGCAUUCUUGGCAUUCUCCUGGCCAAGCUGAGGACACGGCAAAUGCGCUGCCGGGAUUACCGGCUGAGGCUGGCUCGCUCCACGCUGACGCUGGUGCCCCUGCUGGGUGUCCACGAGGUGGUGUUUGCUCCCGUGACCGAGGAACAGGCCCAGGGCGCCCUGCGCUUCGCCAAGCUCGGCUUUGAGAUCUUCCUCAGCUCCUUCCAG